GCUUUCGUAAAGUACGAUAUAGGAGUGUGGAUUCUACGAGAGUGGGACUGUUUUGUUUCCCUUUAUUAAAAUGUUUCUUGUUCUCUGCUUCAAACAGUGAAGCCCUUCAAGAAAAGUAAGUAAAAAUGGUCCAAAUGUAGUUGAACUGCAGCUUUUUCUUGAGCUUCUUGCUUACCACUGCAUCAGAUCUGUUCUGCAUUUUUGAUUGGAUUGGAUAACUUGGUUUUGGAGGCUCCUCGGGCUUGAAUCCUGUGAACACUAAUGGAGGAGCCAUUAGUUCGAUCUACUGAUGAUUCAGUGGAGAAGUCGCUAAAUUCUGAGAUAGAGAAGUCAUUGUCGGUGGAUAAUUUUGAGGAAGUGUCUCAAGAAUCAGAGUCUGUGAAUCCAUCAUCUGCUGAGAGUGUUAAAAGAGCGUCAAAAUGUGCCAAACCAAAUGCUUCAACACUGCCAAAGGGCACUGGUCGUAUUGGGAUAGCAAAAAGGAAGACUGAAGUCAAGAAUGGUUCAGUUGCUAAUUCAACAACUGCAAUAAGAUCAACUUUGACUAGGCCAACUAUAAGUAGUGUGACACGGAGCUUGGGUUCUGUGCCAGUUGUUAGGAGGAAUAGCACUGGUGGUUUAGCUGAAAAACAACCAAUAUCAUCGCUGACAAAACGGCAGGAUGGUGGUGUUUCUUCAGUGGCUGGUAGGAAGACUAGUUCUUCGGUCUCAGAAACAGUAAGGCGGUCCCUUCCAGAGAUUCGGAGGAGCUCAUUGCCUUCUGUUGGUACUGGAGCUACCAAUAGGACCAGCAUUUCAGAUAUUAGAAAGUCAGUUCCUGUAUCCACUGUUACUAGAAGUCCAAGAAGCUCAUCAACUUCUGAUGCAAGCAAGCAUGAAUAUCUAAAAAAAACUCCUGUCAGGCCAUCUCUGCCUUCAGUUUCAUCCACUAAGAAGGUUGCUUCUACAUCACUUGAUAGUACUGGCAGCAGCUCUGUGGUUAGAAAAGCGGUUGGAAAAAUCUCUUCUCCAACUGUUCGGACGCCAACAACUGGAUCUAAAGGUGGGUCAUUUUCAACAUCAUUUGAUAAGAGUUCGAAUUUGUCUAGUCGCAAGAAGGCCGGGACUCCUGAAAGUCGAGAUUCACGGCUUAUUAUGCUUCCUCAAGUGGAAAACAAAGCUGGUGAUGAUGUGAGAUUGGAUCUUAGAGGCCACAAAAUACGUAGUCUGAACAGCAGUGGGCUGAACUUGUCCUCAAGUUUGGAGUUUGUUUAUCUCCGGGACAAUCUCUUGUCUACGUUGGAUGGCAUCAAAAUACUGAAGCGAGUAAAGGUUCUUGAUUUGAGCUUCAAUGAUUUCAAAGGGCCUGGUUUUGAACCACUUGAGAAUUGCAAAGUGCUACAGCAACUGUAUCUUGCUGGGAACCAGAUUACAUCAUUAGUUAGUCUCCCUGAGCUUCCUAAUUUGGAGUUUCUUUCUAUUGCUCAAAACAAAUUAAAGUCUCUGGCUAUGGCAAGCCAACCUCGGCUACAGGUAUUAGCUGCCAGUAAAAACAAAAUAUCAACGUUGAAGGGCUUCCCACAUUUACCAGUCCUUGAGCAUUUGCGAGUGGAGGAGAAUCCUAUUCUUAAGAUGCCUCAUCUAGAAGCAGCUUCUGUUUUGCUUGUUGGUCCAACAUUGAAAAAGUUCAAUGACAGAGAUCUUUCACGUGAGGAAGUUGUGCUUGCAAAACGCUAUCCUGCUCAUACAGCUGUGUGCAUUAGAGGUGGUUGGGAAUUUUGCCGUCCAGACCAAGCUGUUGAUUCAGCAUUUCGAUUUUUGCUUGAACAAUGGAAAGAACAACUUCCACCAGGAUUCCUGUUAAGAGGAGCCUCAGUUGAGCAACCAUUUGAAGAAGAUCCCUGCUGCUGUAACUUUGAUUUUGUCAAAGAUGAAUGUGCAAGUACUGAUGCAGAAUUAUUCUUAAAAUACCAGUGGUUUAUAGGAGACAAGACUCCAUCAAACUUCAGAGCAAUUCCUGGUGCAACUGAAAAGGUAUAUUGGCCAAAACGUGAGGAGGUCAAUAGAAUUCUGAAGGUGGAGUGUACACCUAUCUUGGCAGACACUGAAUACCCCUCAAUUUUUGCAAUAUCUUUCCCAGUUUCUCCUGGAACUAGGCAUCCAAAGGUUUUAAAGACUGCCAUCCAGGGAGAUCUUGUUGAAGGAAACACUAUUAGGGGAUAUGCUGAAGUUGCCUGGUGUGGUGGGACUCCAGGAAAGGGAGUUUCUAGUUGGUUGAGAAGAAGAUGGAAUAGCAGUCCUGUGGUAAUUGUUGGUGCAGAAGGCGAGGAAUAUUGUUUGACUCUUGAUGAUGUUGAGUCUUGUUUGGUUUAUAUGUAUACUCCUGUUACUGAAGAAGGUGCUAAAGGGGAACCUCAGUAUGCAAUAACGGAUCAUGUAAAAGCAGCUCCUCCAUCAGUGAGCAAUGUGCAAAUAAUUGGAGAUGUGGUGGAGGGAAAUAUGAUCAAAGGAAUUGGACAGUACUUUGGAGGAAGAGAAGGUCCCAGCAAGUAUGAGUGGUUACGAGAGGAUAAGGAUAUUGGAGUACCUGUAUUGGUAUCAACUGGUACAAAUGAGUAUACACUAAUGAAAGAAGAUAUUGGCCGGCAUUUGACAUUUGUAUACCUACCCGUGAGUUCUUGUAAACGUGAAUUUUCACACCUCUCAUGUAUUAAUGCUGGCAGAUGGUUGGAGCUAUUCAGAAAUGAUCAGCAUAGACUCAAAAUUGUUGUAGACAGUGAGAAUGAAGUGGAUUUGAUGGUGCAGACACGGCAUUUGCGAGAUGUUAUCGUUCUUGUCAUCAGAGGCCUUGCCCAGCGAUUUAAUAGUACAUCUCUUAAUUCUCUGCUCAAAAUAGAUAAUUAG